AUAACACUCCAAAUUAAACAAAGAUGAGAGAAGAAAGUGGUUCAAAUGAGAAAGAGAGAAUGAAAGGGAAAAUUGUAGCCUUUGCUCCAAGCAGCUCACAUGAUUAUGAUGAUGAUGAUGAUGAUGAUGAUACACAUAAUAAAGUGUCUUCUUUUCUUCAAUUCUCUACUACUUCUCCCCCAAAGAUUGCUGAUGAUGGGAUGUUGAGAGGCACAGAAAACCCAUGGGCCAGAGAUGGUGAUUGGACAAGAAUUGAGUUGGAGAAGAGAUGGGCUUUGAUCAAAGCUUGGGAAGAGAAUGAGAAAGCCAAAGCUGAUAAUAAAGCGCAUAAAGAGUUAUGUGCAGUUGCAGCAUGGGAGAGCUCUAAGAAGGCCUCUCUGGAGGUUAAGCUUAAGAAAAUCGAGUUUAGUAUUACCAUUCAACGAACAAGAGGGGAGCCACUCUCGGGUCAAACGAAGCCUCGUAAGGACCCUAAAUUGGAGAAGUGCCAUAACAUGAAACCACACUCCGGUGUCAAAAAUUACUCAGCUGAAGAAAAGAAAGAAUAAAACUUUUUUUGCGGGACGGAGAAAGCAUAGUAUAAGAAGAAUACGAGAAGAGGAAGGGGGAAUAUGAGGAGAAAAUGAAGAACAAAGCAGCAGAGAUUCACAUGGAAGCAGAAGAGAGAAGGGCACAGGAGCGGGGGCAGUGUAGCACGGUCCUAAAGUAUCACUUUCGUACAAUAAUGUGUUAAUCAUGGG